AUGGCCAUGGUGACAAUCGAUCGCCCAUCAGUUGCGCCUCCAGUGAGGGUUCCCGCUCCACCCGCGUCCGAUCCUCCAUCCUCCAGACGACCCAGCACCUCGCCCGGCAACUCGGAGGUGAUUGCAGACCCCAAUAUCGCCAACCCUCGUCUCCUAACCAACCGAGCCUGUAUCUACGAACGCCGAUUACCAGGCGAUGCCUACAUCACCGCUCAUGUGCAGCGCCUGCAGCAUGGCUUCUACGCCAGCUCGGCCGUCUCCGACCAUGACUCCGAUCACGUUGACUUCCUUGGCAUCAAUUUCGUCUUCCACUCGCCCAACACCAUGACGCAUCGCUUCAAAGCAGCCACCAUCCGCGCUUCCAUCCACAGCAGUCGCGACAAAUCCUUGUCCUCUGCCCCUGCGACCCGGAAGCCCUCCCGACGCUCCAGCUGCUCGCACGACCACCGCACUCCUCCGCGCCCCCGCAACCCGCGCUUCCUGAAACACGCACCGCACCUCCUCUACGGCGCCAUGUCGCCGGAGACCCUGCAAUGGAACUACAGCCUCGCGGGAUCGAUCGGGGUAGCCCAGUUACCACUGAUGGCCAGCCUGUCGCCGUCCGGGGGCAUGAACGGUCGAUAUCGGCGGUACGAGAUGAUGCGGAUCCAAGGAUCGGUGCGAUCGCUGAAGAGCCCGCGCGGGCACAAAUUCGACGUCGAGGCCGGCGAGAUCGUCUGGACGCUCGAGGAAAACAGUCUGCAGCGAUCGGGCCUGCCGCGCGAGUUCACGUUCGCCAUGCUGAUCCAGAAACCACACGCCGACAGCCGCGUGCGAUUCAGCCUCGACAUCGACCCCGUGCUGCAAUUCGGCUGCUGCACCUACCCCGGCUGGUGGCUGGACAUCCCCAAGUAUCAACCCGCGCCUCGGCGACCGCUCGACUUUCGAAUCCAGGUCGGCCAGCGGUUCGAGCCCAUCACGUCCUCGAAGGGAUUCAACUUUGCGACCCUCGAAAGCUCCUUCGACGACUACGUGCACAUGCCCGGCCGGAAGUUCUCUUCUAUGAUCUCCCCCGACGGCGGCGGAGUACCCCAGGAUGACAACGAGAUCCGGCGCGACGUCACGCGCGAUCUCAGCAUGGUCGAGCCGGUGCGAGGGCCUGCUCGACCUCCCUACUCCAUCGAAGCGGGCCAGCUGCCCCUGGCCGCUGCAUUCCCCGGUAAAAUCCCUGUCAACCAGGCUCUCGUGCCGAUGGUGCCUGGAUUUGACCCGGGGUCGUUUUCCAUUCGAGUUUUGCUGGACGACAAGGACGACGACAAGGAGAGCAACUAA